UAGAAGCGGCUCGGCACGGUCUGGCCUGCAGCCUCGCCUCGCACACAUCGCCGCCGCCGCCUCAGCUCUCAGCUCAGCUCAACUACUGUAUUAGACGACGGCGGACAAAACACGAUCCUCCGCUCCUGCACUACGCAAGACAAUGGAGCUUUCUCUGACGGACCUGCCCACCGACGUGCUGCUCGGCGUCAUGCAGCAUGUGGACGUGCCGGACCUGCUCGCGUGCCGCCUCGUGUGCAAGCGGCUCGGGGGACUCGCCCUGCACCCGGACGCGUGGCGGCACCGGCACCUCCACGGCGACCGGCACACACCGCUGGCCCUGCGUUUGGCGCCUUGCCUCAUGCUGUGGGAACUGAACCUCGUGUGCCAGGGGAGCCGACCGCCGCCCGCGCUCUGCAGCGCGACCAAGUGCGCCGUGACCCAGCUGAGUAUCAUAUUGCCCAAAGAAUCCGACGUGUUCGAGCUCGCCGAUCGAGUGAUCCGCAACCAAGCGGCGCUGGGAAGGCUCAGGGGGCUGCGGCUGCUCUUGCUGGAUAGGUUCUAUCGUAUACCCGACGACGAGGACGCAAAGCUGUUAGCGACGGCGGUGUCGACCGGCGGCCUAGAGAACCUCGCCAUCGGUGGCUUCGCCGGCAAGCUUCCGAGCCCUGCAACCCCGGCCCUACUCGCCGGGCCCGCGCCCAGCCCGUCCGUCAAGACUCUCCUCGUCACCCUCACUCCGGCUACAGAGCCCUUCGUCAGCUUCGUGCUGGCCGCGCACGCCGCGACCCUGGAGAAAGUCACGUUCCACGGUACCUGGGGCAGGAAGCUCUCGGACUCCAUCGCGGCGCAGCUCGGCGGCCUUCGCAACCUGCACGAGCUGAAGUGCGAGCCGCUGCCCGGGCUUCAGGCGGUCGCCGCGUGCAAGACGCUCAGGCACUUCUCACUUUGUGUCUGUGGCUUCACUCCCGGCCCCGAGGACGAGGCGCGACGCAGAAUCCUGCUGGACGCCGAGGAGUUCCUGCGCCGCGCAGACCAGCUAGAGUCGGUGCGCCUGGGGUACGACCCUGUCGACAACGACGUCGGCCACUUCGUCCUGUCCCUGCCUGCGCGGCCCCGCCUUCAGCGCCUGGUGAUCGCCGACGACCGCCCCUUUCAGCGGGACUCGGACUACCCGCACCUGCAGCCGCUGCUGGCCGCCCUGCCCUCACUGACGGCCCUGCACCACCUGGAGCUGAACGCCGUGCUCGACGGGCUGGCCGGGGCCGUCACCGCCGUCACGGCGCCGGCGCUGCGCACCCUAAAGCUGCGGCCCGUCCAGGGCCGGACACCGUGCGCCCAUGCGUACCUGCACAGCAGGUCGAUGGCGACCCUCCUGGCCGACAACCCCGCGCUCCAGGUGCACGUCUGCGGGCGCAAUGUCUGCCUGGAGGUCGACACCUGCGAGGCCUGCCAACGGCACUGCCAUCAGGAGCUGCGCUGCAUUCGCUGGCUCAUGAAGGGAGAGAAGCUCAGCUACGACUGCAACAGUGUCCUCACCCCACAGGAAUACCUGUGGAUCAAUAUUACAAGAUAUAAUCUCCUUUUCAAUAAUGGUAGUCGCUCUUGAUUUCGGUUGGCUAGUCACUGGCUUUGAGUGAUGGGCAGAAUUCGUACAUUACAGCAACUUUCCUGUUUGUGCCCUUAUUUUUUAAGUAGGCUUCUCUAUUGAUCGAGGGCUAUGCUAACUAUGCUGCUUGUAAAUCAUGACGUGUUUUGACAAAUAAAAUUGAUUGACAAUA